UGGGUUACCGAUAUCUCUCUAUUAAAGGUUACGUUCUCAAUUUUUUUGGCAACUAGAAAUCAGCUGGUGUCUGGUGUAUUUAUUUGCUUGUAAUUAUCAUUUCAUAACAUUUCAUCACUUUGUCAUCAAAGUAAGAAAAAUAUUAAAAAUUUAAGUAAAACCAUGGAUUUCUUCAAAAAACUAUUCGGAUUUCCUCCUCAGACGCAUCCAGGAGAAUCUAGAAGGCCUGAAACUAUUUAUCCACCACAACCGUUUGAUGACAAUCUUGCAAGAUUUUUCAGUUUCGAAGAAGACUCCUUCUCUCAUCACUUCCAGCAACAAAUCGAAACUUUCUUUGAUAGAGAAAUGGAAGAGAUUCUCAAAAGUUUUGGCAUGCCUUCAUUUGGCACGUCAAAACUCCCUUCUUUGGAACCUCACACUCCAGAUUCCAGAGAUUACUAUCUAAAACCCAAUUACCCAAACGAAAAAGUAGAUGAAGACGUUGACGGCAAACUAAGUGUCAACGAUUUGGAUCGGUUUUUGAAAAACCCCCAAAAACCUGCACCUCUGCAAAAAAUAAUCCCCGAUAGAUUUUUCAACCAAUCAGUGUCGGUUAAAACAAUAAGAAAUCCUGAUGGUUCGUUUGAAACUCAAAAAACUGUAACUGACAGCGAAGGCAACCAGGAAACGACUGUAACCAAAAAACAAGGCGAAAAAGAGUAUACAAUUAUUAAGAAGCGAGACAGAGAUGGCAAGGAAGAGGUGCACGAAAAUAUGAUUAAUAUGACUGAAGAUGAGAAAUACUUGUUUGGAAAUAAAAAAAACAAUUCAAAUAAUCCCAGUAGUAGGAGUGAUUUGUUUGAUAAAUUUUUCAAAUAAUUUUUAUUUUGUAUAGAAAUGGCAUUAACAAAUGUGUAGGUAAUAAUAAAGAAUUAUGUAUUAUAAUGAGACAUAUUUAUCUAAAUAUAAUAUGCCUUAAGGGGAAAUAAAAAAUUCUAUUGAGAUGGUUAUGAGUCUUUUUGUAUGGAUUUGGCAACACUGUGUAGUUUGUUGUAAUAAUUUAAUAUGGCACUAGUUCAGC